CGGAAACCAAGAUGGUGGGCUCGCCUAGGCGGCGUAUUGCUUCCGCUGAGAGAUGCCUUUAUUACGUACUUGUCGUCAGCAUGCUGGUAGCAUUUUACAUGAUCACUGAGGCUCUCGUAAUUGAUAAUCUGUACGAGAAUAAAUUGACUGCUCCGCACAUCACGACAUGGCACAGAACAGCCAACGUGCUCAACAUAAUCACGGUCAUACUACUGCUUGGCGCCCUGGUGAGUGUCUCCACGCUUAUGUGCACACCAACGCGUCGGUAUGGGGCAAAUAUAACUCUGUUCGGCCUAAUUGCUACGUCAUGUGAGUUCACUGCAACUUUUAGGUCGUUCUACUCAUCAUUGCCUAAAGCAAGCAAGAAAGCCAGGUGA